UUUUUGAAUCAAGGAAAAAGGAGGAUUUUCGUCUUCGUUUCUAAAAUUUUACAUUUCUGCAAAAUCUUCUCCAAUUUUGAUUCAGUUUGUAAGACUAGUAUCUAGUUAUGUCCUGUUACAAUGGCAAAACUAAAUAGAUAAAGACGAUGUAGAAGUGUAUGAUAUCAGAAUAAAACAAUCAAUACGUUAUCAAGGGCAAUAUGGACAAAAUCUGGCGUUGCAUAAAAUGCUGAGCAAUUGUUGGUAAUGGCAUAGUCAAAACCUAUCAAGAUGUCUGAAACCGGACUGCUCCUUUCUAGAGAAGAAUUCUAAAAUUUAUUAACCCGGAUGAAUUCAAAACAAAUAAUUUGUUUAAUGUUUAAUUCAAUCCUUAGGUACGUAGCAUGUACGAAUUGUAUUUGUGGCGUUUACUUCAAUAUCGUCCUAUGAAUCUUCUUAAGAAUUAUGAUCUUUGUAUGAGAGUGAAAGAACAUAUUUUUCCAGAGCUCAAGUCGAUGGAGAAAACAGUGGCAGCGAAGAAAACUGUAUACAAAGAUAACCAGUACGAAGUGGUUCUGAGCGACUUAAUCCAGCAUGAUCUUCAAGAGUCUUUGAAACAUUUUACAAAGGAUGCAGGGCCUGAGGAAACAGCAAUGAAAAUGAUCAGGAAACUAAUCGAUGAAGAAAAAUCAGGAUAUGUCGAUGCUGAUGACAAGAUACUGGAUCGACUCAUUGCUAAAGAGAAAGAAGAAAAACAGCAAGUCAAGAAAAGAGAAAUGGCUUUUGAAGCCCUGGAGAAGUUGAAAAAGAAAGAUAUAGAAAGCCAGUUGAAAGCUAUGGAUUCAAAAAGAGGAGUGGUUGUAAACAGCGUUGAAACUUCAUUUCAUGGAGAAGACUGUAAUGAUGAACGUAAAGACUGCCACAAUCUUGUUCACUAUUGUGAGAAAGAGGAAUAUCAGAGAGUUUUGAAAAGACGAUGCCGCUAUACUUGCAAAUUCUGUCACAGAUGUGAGGACACACUAACAAAGAGCAUGUGCAGACGACUAAAAGGACAGUGUAAAGUCCCUCUGUUUAUUGAAAGAAUGAAAGAGUACUGUUAUGAUUCAUGCGGCUAUUGCAAAUCAAAAUCGCCACCAGCCUGUCAGACUUCUUCAUUCGGAUGUUGCUGGAAUAACGUCACGAAGAAGGAAAACAAGUUAGGAACAAAUUGCCCAGUUUGUGCCGACAAAUACGAAACAUUGUGCAAAACCUUCCGCGAUGUAUGCUCUAAGGAUAACAGGCCAGGCAAGUUCAUGAAGGAAAACUGCCCACAAACGUGUGGACUUUGUCGUGAAUGCGAAGCAAAAGUGGACAAACCUGGUUUUGAAGAACUUUGCUUGAAAUGGAAGAAAGAGGGCUACUGCCAUGUUUUGGACGUUGGAGUGGAGUACUGUGCCCACACUUGCCAUUGCAAAUGACAUAAGCUACAUUUGAAGUAAAAUAAACCCCACCCGAUCAUUAGUUAAAGGACUUUUGAUUACAACAUUUAAAGCAUUAUGCUGCACAUUUAAAGACAACAUUAAAAUUACGGUUCAUUACAGUAUGAGCUGGCAUUUAUAGAAAAGGAGAGCUUACAGCGAAGAAUAGGCAGUGGAAAAAGGCUAGGGUAUACUUGGCAACCUAUGCAUAAAUAGAGCUAUCAUCAAAUAAAUGGCGGCAAGCUUAUCAAGGAUACCUGUUGAGUAAAUCAUUGCAAAAGAGGGGGUAGUGCAGCCGCUUAACCUCAAAAAAUGGACGAAUUGUGCAUUUUAUGAUACAAGCAUGAAAUUUGGUACAAGUACACAGUUUGACACGCUAAUUAAGAUGAGAUGCAGACCCCACUUGAAAAAUGCCCCCAAAUGCUAUUUUUAGACUGGGGUACCUGUACCCAGUCCUUUUUUGGUCUUCCUCCAUAUCUUCUAAACAAUGCAAGUUAUAAACUCGAAAUUUAGUUUUCUGGCGUAAUUUGACAUGCUGAUUAAGAUGGGAUGCAGACCCCACUUCAAAACGCCCCAAGAAUCUAUUUUUAGACUGGGGUACCUGUACCCAGUCC